AUGGAUGAGGUCGAAGUUUUGAAGCAGGAUAAGGCAACAAAACAAAGGUUUGAGCUCUCUCAAAUUCUCAAAGCGAAAUUAACCUCCCAUAGGAAAACAACUUAUUACGUCUCGCAGGGAAGAGCAAUCCGCCGUAUGGUUGUUCUCUAUACUCCUAUAGAGGACCUGAUUGCCGAAAAUGAUCGGCGCUGCGAACAUACAGAUGGAGACGCCAAUAUCGAACAAGAUCGCCUUCAACGUGGUUACAUUGAACUUACCAAGGCUCUACCAUGGAUUCAUGAGAAGCUGGCAAGUUUUGAACACGAGGAGUCAGAAGAGAUGUUGAGAAAGCUCAAGCGUGGUGCGGACACGGCUCGUGGAGACGAUACGGGUACUCUCAAAGAGCUCGUUGCCUCAUGGGUGAAUAACGAUUGUCGUCCGACUCCGCUCAUCAGGACCACCGACAAGCACCGUCGCAGUUUCGUGAGCGACACGUGUGGUAAACUGCUCUGCCCAGCGGAAUGGCAGUGGGACGACCCAGUAAUCAGGGCUGGUAUCCGCAACCAUACAGCUGCUUUUAUUGUGUCUGAGAAUUCGUGGCCGUUGUUCAUGUAUCAAGAUUACGAUGCUGACGUCAAGAAUCUGGAGCGCGGGCUCAUGAAGUCGAAGCUGUUAAUUAUGGCAUUUAAAGCGAUCUUUACUUCUCCCUCAUCUGCCAAUGAAGUCGAUGGCGAAGGCGAUGGCGCCGAUAUCAUUGAGAACCACCAACGCGCCCAGCGGCAAUCAGAUCAAACGAAAGUCAAGACCUGUAUUCGGUUUGCUCUUUCUAACAUCACCUCCUGGCGCACCGUCGAUGGAGAUUUUGAUUAUCAGAUAUACUGGAGCAAUAUUGUAGACUUCUUUGAGAAUGCCCCGGGUCCAGCUGCACGAGGAAGGGUGAACGAACUUCUUGAGUGGUGGACCAGAAAGGUUUUCGGGAAGAACCACCGACAGGAUUUGACGCCAGAUGUCGUUUUGCGAAUGUCUGUCAGUGCUCUUGCUACUCAGAGGCAGGAGAAGGAGGAUGCUGUAUUUGACUCUGAUUAG